AUGUCUCCCAGAUUUUUCCACCUCCGCCGACUCGUUCCUCUUCUCGUCUCGUUUUUCCUCGGCUGCUUCGUUACCGUGAAAAUACUGGAUUAUCGGCACCCGACACUUGAAACGCUGAGGCAAGAAAGAAAACUAGAAUUCAACAAUGAAGCUAACAAUCUCCUCGAUCCAAAAUUGCUGAAAGCAAAGCGGGUCAACACUGAUCAUCCGUUUACGGCCUGGGAUUUAAAAUUGCCCGAGUUUUAUACGAAACAUGAAGAUAUUUAUUCACAGUUCACAUGUUCCUGCCAAGACGCUUCAAAAAACGUUCUUCCCACUCCUUCGCCCGAAAUCGUCGCCCAGAGAAAGUCCGACUUGUCCCGCUUCGUCAAAUCCAAUUAUUUCCAACAAGCCAAAAUGCCUCUCGUUCUUCAAAAGCCAAAUCAACCUAUAGAAUUCGUUUCAUCUGGAUACGAAAUCGAGCCGGACGAAGAAUUCACGCCUUUUAUCCGCACUCACUGUGGAAUUUCAGCACAAAGACCUGUUCGGAUUCAGCUUCAGUCGUUUUUCGGCAAAUUCUUCUUCAGUAGGGAAAGUGAAAGGACUUCUUCUGCUUCUAUAGUUGAAAGAGCCGCUGCUUCGGAUGAAGAACUCGCCAAAAUCCUCGAAAACCUACGCUACUCGACCUUCGUUUUCGACGGAAAAACACUCCAAGACUUUGUUCAAGUUACUGUAACUUGCAACGACAAAACCCCUCGAUCCACCUCCCACCUCGCAAUCUUCCCGAUUCUCAUUCGUCGCCGCCCUCUUCCUCAACUCUUUCCAGCCACAACAGCUUCCCUGAAUGAUCGACUUACAAUCGUCACCAAAACGUUUCUGCGUUACCCUUGUCUUUACACCCUUCUGGACUCAAUUCUCGACAAAUACCCAGGAAUAACUGUGAUUGUUGCCGAUGAUAGCCCAAGAGAAGAGCAACAAGACAUUGACAAGGAAAAAUAUCCUUCGGUGAAGCAUUACAGAUUGCCAGAGAGCGAGGGCUGGUUUGCGGGACGAGGAUUAGCAAUAAGCCAAGUACGAACAGAGUACUUUCUCUGGGUCGACGACGAUUUCGUCUUCAACUCUCACACCGACCUCUCCUACAUGAUCGACGUUGCAGACAAAAGCGGCUACGACAUCAUCGGCGGCGGCGUUUCAACCGACAAAAGAAACACCUGGGCAGAACGAGAUCAUUUCGUGGUCGAGCGCGCUUCAGAGGGAUUUUGCUAUCAUCGAGUUAGAUUUUCUAAUGAAAUCAAAUUGCCGGGUUUCGAGGAAGAAUGCCUCGUUGUUGAUGUGUUGCUGAACUUUUUUGUUGGAAGAACGUCCUCGGCUGGUCGGAUAAGAAUGGAUCCGAAUUUCGAUCACAUUGGGCACCCAGAAUACUUCCUCGAUGGUUUGGGAGACCUGAGAACAGCUUGGUGCGGCAAGUCCUGGGUCGACCACUUCGGAGAGGUUGGCUUGAAAACUCGUUGCGCUGAAUCCCAGGAAUAUAAAAAGCAUCGUGGGAAGGGAGAAGCCCGGGCUGGGAUCUUGAAGAGAAAUGCCGAGCUCUGGUUUUAUCGAAGCUAUCUUCAGUGCUCUUCCGAUUUCGAUGGGUCUUGA